AAAAAAUUGCUAACAGGGCAGCAGCAACGGCAUUUCAAUCUACUUCUUUAUCAUUAAGUAGAUGCAUAGAGGUGGUCACAAAAAGAAGGAUGGUCACUGGGUAGAAACACAUGAUCUCUAUGAAUAGAAAGGAUUGCACUCUUUUACAGUAAUAGUAACCGUAUGUAACUAUUGUUAGUGCAUUGCACAUCCUGGUGAAUCAUUCAGUCAAAUCAAUCAUUUCAUGUCAAAACCAAAUUGUGCCAUUUCUUUUACAUUCUGCACCUGAACUUACUUGAGCUACCAGAGCUAUCAUUCCUUUAAAUUGGAAAGAAAAGCUGAUAACCAACCUACAGCGCUGUGCCGUAGCUUAAUAUUAAUUUUUGUAAAAGCAUAACUAUGGAAUAUUUGUCGCCUCAAGAAUACAGAUUCUUUAUUACUGCAUGCUCGAAAAUCAAAAUUUCGUUUGGUCCAUUUUGCUCCAUCGAAGAACAAUUCAUGCGUCACCUGUUCAACGUAUUUAUCAAUUUGAAAAAUCCCGAGGAAUUGAAAUCUCUUCUGGAACUUUCUAAUGAAAUGAGGGUUGAUUUUUUAAGGAUGUUCAAAGAUAAACCUUUUAUGGACGGUGAUUUAUCUCACUGCUGUUUGAUGAAUAACCCUACGAGUUUCAAGUUAAUCACGGAUUUUGGAAGACUUAAUGAAUAUCAGAGGCGCAUGGGUGGAUUGUAUUUAUUGCAUACAGCGAAGUUUUUGCAAGACUUUGAUUAUGAAUUGAGUCAUAAAAUUGUACGGCAACAACUGAAUGAACUAGCAGAAGAAGAUGACAAUAUCCCGGUCCAGUUGAGAGCAUACCAAGUACUGUGUCUCUACAUGGGCUUCUUGUACGGAAAGAAGCACCCCUCUUUUGAUUACGCAAUUAUUCUUCUCAUUCUAUGGAGUUCCAUUCCGGAUCCCUUUCUGACCUUCGAUGACUUCGAGAAAAGCUUCGCUUGGAUGGAUUUAGACACCCUGAUGAAAACAACUAAAGCCUGGGAAUGGUACUACGUAUUGGUGAGAGGUCCAGACAGCCAAGAGGAUGGGCCAAGAUCAUUACAGCAUCUCGCCAGGUGUACCAUUAGGCACAGUUUGAAGGAGUGCUUUCAGCUGCCCAACGGAAUCGAAAGGUUGGACAUUCCCAAGCGUCUAAAGCAAUAUUUAACCUUGGGAGACUUUAAAAGUGGACUCACUCUUAAUGGAGAAGAAAAUAAUAUGAUUGAGACUUUAUUUCAAUACCGCCAACAGUUUUUGCAAUAAAAUUCUUAUAACUUCGUA